UUGCUCUAAUAGCCGCAUAUUUAUCCUGCUUAAGCCUUGCACGUCUUGGAUAGAGGUAUUUGAUACUGUAAGUCUGUCAUGCAUCGAACUCCAAUGCAGGCGCACCUGAUAGCGGUCCUCUUCUUCUACAAUCUGCCACAUGCGAACAGACUUAUCCCAACAGCCGGUUGCGAAAUAGGUGAUGCUUGUAAUUGGUCCAUGGAAACCUUCAACCACUGCCAAAUAUUGACCCGAAUUCACAUCCCACAGCCGCACUGUCUCAUCCCGACUGCCCGAGGCGAUCUGCUGGCCGCUGGGCGAAUACACCACGCUCGUAACAUAGGAAGUAUGACCGCGCAAG